AUGCCUCCCCUCGCCCCAAACUCUCGCACCCCGUGCUGGCGCGGCCGAACGCACGAGCCGACCCCGACGCGGUUCCAGGAAUGCACGCGCUCCUUGUGCCGAGGCACAGCGCACCGUCACCCCUUGAGGCCCCUUGUGGCCGUGGGGAUACAUCUGCGCGUGCGCUCGCAGCUGGGUCUGGACAGGGCUGCGGGCGUGGGAAUCGACGGGCCACUGCCCCUCUCGCUCUGCUCUGGCGUCCGCUUGCUAUCACUUCCCUCUGCUUGCUUUCGCUUGCUUUCGUUCGCGGACCACAUGGGCAAGACGAAGGCGGGAAAGGGAGACCCGUCGCUGGGGACCAUGUUUGCGCUGGCAAAUCUGCAUCCGGCGACACUCCCAUCCCCACGGCACUCUCGUCUCGUCCAGCCGUAUCACAUCUGUGUUCACACCAUGCUGGGCCGCUGCUCGGCGCGCUGGGGCGGCAGCGGCAGUGGUGGUGGUGGAGGAGAUGCGCAUAACGGGGGCGGCCCCAGCCAAGGUCGAUCCGUCUUUGCUGUUGCCGGCGUGACCGCCGCCUGGCCCGCCAUUCGCAAGGAAGUGCUCUGCCGUCGCAACAGGUCGACAGCAGCAACACGUUCCUUCCUCGCCCAGCACAACACAUCCUUCGCCAUCGCACUGCUUCCUUGCCCCAAGCAUCCCAUCCUUGCUUUCUCGCAUUCCAGCCCAGCCCAGCCCAGCCCAGCCCAGCCCAGCCCAGCCCCCAUCAAACCAAUGUUGACUCCGGCCGCCGAAGAGGACGAGUGCUUUCCGUAUUCCAGCCCCCAGGCCCUGCCACGCACCGAGCGCCUGUCCAAAUUUGUCAACUACUUGAUCCAUGCCAUUCUCCAGCGCCUGCCCGACAAUGUCAAGUCGACACCGGCCCUCUACCACAACAAGGGCUUCCAGCAGUCCUCCGAGCUGAUCCACUCGGUGCUGCGCUCCACCCAGAACUUUAUCCCGCUCUCGGUCAUCAUCCUGUCGCUCAUCUUCAUCAGCGAUCUCUCUGUCUCGCCCUUCAAGAUCUCGGCGGGCUCCGAGCCCCACCUGUUCCUGGUGUCGCUCAUGGUCGCCCACAAGUUCUCGGACGACUAUGCGGUUGUGUCGACGACCUGGUCGCGCAUCUCGGGUCUGCCCCAGGGCCAGAUCAGUCUCCUGGAGCGCCAGUUUUGCCAGGCCAUGAACUACAACUUCACGGUCGAGCCCGAGGUCUUUGGUCGGUGGCAGGACUACUUUGAUGCCCACGCGGCGUACUGGCUGUAA